CGUCCUCAUUCACCAGCAAUCCUUCAGUUAAGACCAGUACCAUUCCUCACCGAUUCCCAAAACAAAUUCCCUGGGUCAAUCAAGUGAAUCCAGUUCGUCAACGCCAGGAACUGCUGCUCGAUGACCUCGAAACAGCAUGAGUGGCGACUUGCAAUCAUGGGCGCUACCACGCCUCAGCCGCCUGUUGCCUCUAGAUGACGACUCGCUCAAGGAAGUGAUCACCUACUCGUCGACCCUAUCAAAAGACUUGGCCGCUGAACACCUGAAGAACCUGCUCGGUGAUUCUCCACAAGCCUUGGAGUUCAUUUCGUCGUUCAACGCACGACGAGGCAACACGCAGGCCUCAGCCGGCGUGGUCGAGGCAUCUGGAGUGCCCAAGCCACAGAAAAAGGGUCCCAAGAAAGCCAAACCUCCUCUGCAUGCUGCAGGCCCAGUGCGUCGCCCAGAAGGAUAUGGGGAUGUCGCAGGCGGCUACACAAAACAGUACAACAGUGACCCGGAUUUCGGCGCGGCUCAGAACCGACCGGUCUCGAGAGACCAUGAUGCUGCUCCGGUGUCCUCAAUCCCUGACGCUCUUCAAGUGCCCCAAACUACAGCGGGUGGGCAGAGCCCCGGUUCCUCUGCGGCCUCUCGAGACGCCUCACCAGGGAAGAGCCCCCAGAAACUCCCUCCAUCGGCAUCCGGCAACCUCAUAUCGGAUUUUGGAUUUGCCAAUGUUCGGUCAAAACAGUCUAAGAAGCCCGCGCAUGCCAGUCACUCCCAACCGCAGUCUGGCACUUCUACGCCACACAGAGGCGGUGCUACGACCACCACCUCGAGUGUGGCGGACCUCACCGCCGCAAUCGCGGCACUAGAGCUAUCUACAAAUCCAACAUUGUCAACUCAGAGGAGAAAAUGCCCAUGCAAUGCCUCAAUACAUCCACUUUUCACGACCGCGCCCAAUUGUCUAAAUUGUGGCAAGAUCAUCUGCGCCCUCGAGGGACUUCAGCCUUGCUCGUUUUGUGAUUCGCCGAUCUUGACCAAAGACCAGGUAAACGCCAUGAUCAAGGCACUGAAGGAAGAGCGAGGAAUUGAGAGGAUGGCUGUCCACAACGCCGGACAAUCGCUGUCAGGCAGAGGCACACCUAUUUUCGGUGCGUCAACCCCAGAGAGUGGGUCAGGAGAUGAAGCCUCCUCUGCCGCAGCGCGGGCACGAGCACACCGAGAUAAACUGCUGGCAUUUCAGAGAGAAAAUGCUCAACGGACUCGUGUCCAUGAUGAGGCUGCUGAUUACGAUGCGACGCUUACGCCGGGGACUACGCAAUGGAUGACCCCUGUGCAGCGAGCUGCUGCGUUGAAGAAGCAGCAAAAGUAUCUUCGAGAACUCGAGGAAGCAAACAAGCCCGAGUGGGAGAAGCAAAAAACAGUGAUGAGCAUGAGCAUCAAGAAUGGGAAACUGGUCAAGACAUAUGAGCGGGAGAAAGCACCUGCGCUUGCACAGGAGAGAGAACACCGUGCUGGCUCCGACAGCGACGAAGGCGGAGCUGAAGAUCAACAUCUAGCUCUACAUGAGACUGGCCGGAAAGGGGCCUUUAGCAACAACCCUCUGCUCGCAGGUGGGAAACUCAUACGGCCAGUCUGGAAGGCGUCAGAGGGCGGCAAUACGGACAAAGGGAAGGGUCGUGAGACGGCAAGGAAGAGUGUGUGGAGGCGGGUACAGGACGACAAUGAGGACAACGAGCAAUGGAUCCUAGAUGGAGGCCUGCACGGUUACGGGACCGACACCAGGCUGAUGGAGGACCAGCAAGAGUGAGGCUGAAAUAGAGCGCAGGUAUCUGUGUAGACACGAAUAUGGCCUAGUGCGCCGGUGAGGCUAGCUCCCCGCAAGAAAUAUUUUCCGAAGUUGAUCCGGGU